GGAACAUGGAGAGAGAGGAAGCAGGAGCACACGGGGACCUGUAACGUGGGGGCAAAUAAAGGCACCGGGGCAGUGUUCUAAAUUGCUAUUUCCUACUUGAUAUAAUUCCUGAAGAGAUGCUUAACUGACCUGUGCCAUGGCUACAAAGGUUGAAAUAACUUCAUCCUUGACAUCCAGAACAGCCCAAGGAGGACUAGGAGAUGUUAAAUCGCCAAGAUCGCAUCUAAGCCCCCUUUCAGACGCAAGUAACAAGUCAAAUGACUCUAGUUUAUCAUGCUCUCUUCUGAUAGAAGAAUCCAACACAACUCCUAACAAAUUUGUGAACAGGUUCAACCCAGGCACACGACCAAGAGUCUCACCAAAGCCUUUUUCUAGGGAAAGAACUUCAGAACCUAGGAAUUUCUCAAUCUUGGCCCCUAAAUUACUUCCAGAUGAUAAACUGUCCAAUGAUGUUACUCCUGUAACCUCAAUCAAUACCUUUUCAUUGGACAGUGGAAAAAAUGAAUAUGGGAGACCAAGUUAUACAAGUUUUAGAUCCUCGCUGCAACAAAAAUCUGAAAAAGAUCAAAGCAUCAAACCAGAAGAAGAAGUGUACAGUGGUAGGAAACUGUACUCUUCUACUUGGGUUCCUGGAACCCAGAAUGUAGAAGAGUUGAAGACUACAUCACGUUCAGAUGAAUGGAAUGCAAGCAACAAACAUGAAGUUUCUGGCAAACCUCAAGUGGCUCCUAAGACACUUGAGCUUUCUCAACCAAAAGACACAUUCCAUGCCUCCACUUGUAAAAUUACUUCUACAGAUGAGAUAGUUGAACAGAAAGAUACGGGCCUUGAUGAGAAAUCAAAAAAUACCUUGAUAAAUAAUCACAGUGAAGACACUGCCUCUUUGAGAGCUCAGUUAAGACCCAAACGUCGCCCUGUGUCUGGAUUGUUUCUAAAUUCUAUAAAUGACUCCUCAACAGAUAAUCAAGUGGCUAAAGAUGAAAAACCACUGGUUAGAAGACCAAGGCCUCUCUCUGUAGAUCUUACUGCAAAGUUUGAAACCAGAGAUUCCUCUGUGAACAAGAAGGGAAAUUCUUCUGAUGAACUAAAGGAAAAUAUACCAUUGAGAAAAAAUUCAUUUAACACCAGCAUCUUGGAAGAAAAGGCUGAAUUGGGAAACAGAGAGAGAAACGUUACCAUCCAGUCUGAAGUGUUUGGUAAAGUCAUCGAUACCGAUGUACAUAUAAAUGAAGCAAACCGUGGAAGUCAAUCAGGAAAUCUUUAUUCAGGAUUCUCUGACAAAGAAUCUGUACAUAACUAUGGAAAGGGAAGAAGGUUUAACCGAGAACAUGUACUCAGUGGUGUUGGCGAAAACCAUACCCCCAAAAAAUCGGAAGAAAACUAUAUCCAGGCAUCCAGGUCAUCAGCACAUGAAGAAAGAUUUGUUUCUGAUAACCGUGUUCAUGGAACCAAUGAUUUAAGUAAUUCUGAUGAAAGUCGGAUUGCACCAGGAAUGAUUAGAAGACGUAUUAGCAUGUUACUUGACACCACAGAACCAUAUGAAGCUAAAGAUGACAAAGGAAGCCUUGCAGCUCUGCAGAAAGCUAAUGCACUGACUACAGAUAAUGUAGACAUCUAUCCUGGAAGACCACGGACAUCAUCACAGUCCCGACCAUUGCUUUCAGAAAUCACAAAGAUGUUUUCAAGUUCACCACCAAAGGUUGAGAAGAGAUCUGAGAAACCAGUAGAAAUACAGAACAUUACUGUAACCAAGGACUAUGCAAACCUCACGGAGAAGGUGAACCUGAGGACUAGUGAAUUAUUGGAAGAGAAGCCCACAUGGACAUCCAAGUCUUUCAUGCACUUUGAUGAGAAGUUUGAUGAAGGGGAAAAUGCUACCAAAGGACGAAAAAUGUUUAUGUCUAAAGACAAAAUGUUUGAUUUAACAGCUGGUAUAACAGAGGGGCAAGACAAAAAUGUUUUGUCUCCAGAAAUGUCACUUAAAACUGUGAGGGCCACAGUGUUUGAACACAAUGUAGAAAGGCAUAGUGCUGCUACAAUAUACAGUACAGUAGAUUCUAAACUCAACCAACCCAUCAAAAGUGAGACAUUGUCUGAAGCUGUUGAAAGUAAAAAGGAUUACCACAACCUGGAAGAUAGAUUUGAUGGUGUCGCAAAUCCAAAAUACUCAAGUUUCAAAGACAAAAUAGAGUCAGACGUUUGGAUGACUGAUCGCGUUGGAAAGGCUCCAUCUUUUAUUGAAAGAACAAAUACUAGGGGAGAUAUUAAAGAAAAUGUAGACCGCCAUGUGCCAAUUAGCAUUAAAAAUACAACCGACAAUCUGCCUCGUCACAGAAUUGAACCAAGAUUUGAAAUCACGCAAACUGUUGGGGAAAGAGCCUUAAGUGAAUCCAUAAAGGUAGUCCCAGAAGAUAAGGCUGUGACUCUUCGUUCUCGAAGAUCUUUCCACAGCAAAGAAAAAGAGCAAGACACAAAUGAAUUUGAUGAUAAUCCUUUAGGUCGUUCUUGGAGUAAACUUCAAAGGAGUAAAAGUGAAUACCGAAAACGGACUACCACUGGGAAUGUACAGGAACCCUCUGUAAACAAGCCAUUAUCUCAAAAUUUUGAUAUUCAGCUUGAAAAGAAGUACAGUUUUAAGUCAGAAAGGAGUUUGGCAAUGAAAUCCUUAAUUGACAAUAAACCAGAGAGAACUUAUCAGGCAAACAGAAUGAAAACUACAGAUGGUAAUGCUGAUGGUGAAGUAAAAUUUGACUUAUUCACACCAGAUAAACCCAGGGGAAAAUAUACUUUUGAAUUGGAGAGUCAGGAGAAGAGUGAUAAUAUUAAAAUAAGUACAGUAGAUUCCAAAUUUGGUGAAAUAGAUAAAUUAUCUCUUACUGAAGACAAAACAUGCACUAGAAAAACCUUUGAAAAAGAAAGAUCAACCAAAUCUAACCAGUCAAGUAUGUAUUUUGCUAAGGAAUUCACAGAAACGGAGAAAAAGAUUGUCUCAGAGGAUUCUACUGCUUUCAUGAAAUCAAUGCUUAAUAAAGAAAUUGAACAAAUGAAGAAAGAUCUUACACCUAGUUUAUCACCUUCAAAAGAAGCAGAUUAUUUCAGAGGGGACGAAAGGGUCUUCGGACAUUCAACUUCAGAUGAUAGACUAUCAAGAGGGAGAUCCUUAUUAGAUGGUCGUGAUGCUAGUAUAAAAGUUGAUUAUUUAACUUCAUCAAAAGAAGCCAGAGAAUUGUUUGUGGAUGAACAAGAACCAAAAGAAAGGAGAAAUGUGGGACUUCCUAUGAUAGAUCCUAUGCAUAGUCCUGCCCUGACAGACUUGCCUUCAUCUAAUACCAAGGCAACAUAUUUUGCAGUGACCUAUAUGGAUAAUAAAAAAGAUAAUGUUGAAAAAGAGUUGGGAAAUUACAGAGCUGCUACUAGUGUUAUAGAAGAUUUUCCUUUGAACACAAAGGUUAGAGUUGAUAAUCAAUAUGUAGCCUUGCAAAAAGACAGUAUACCAGAUGAAAGCUAUAUCCCCAAAGAAGACUUUGAAAAAUCAGGUGCUCGAAAGCCGAGUCAGACCUACAGAAGUCAGAAUUUUAUGGAAGAGGAUUUCCUUGAAAAGUCAAAUGAGAGAACUUCUGAAAAGAUUAGACCAAGUGUAAUUGAUAUUGAUGAUGUGUUACGGAAAUCUAAUGAAAGUCCAGUCACAGAGAAUAAAGGUACCACAUAUAGAGAUUCUCACGUCAAAUUCCCUGUAAAGAAUCUCGAGGAGAGAGAAGAAAACUUAAGUGAGGGACAGAUUAAUUUAACACUGCAUGAAGCCAAGGGAAUGUACAAAUCAACGGCUGUGGAUAUUGAUGCCCUUAUGAUGGACUACAGAACAGGAAAAGCUAAAGAGAAAAAAGCAAGUGAUGCUGCUGAUUUUGAAGACCAAGGACAGUUUAGGUGGGAGAGAUCAAGAUCAUUCAGGAAUUCUGUUGAGAAGGGUCCAAAAAGCAAGUGGAUAGAACCCAACAUAAAAGUUAUAGAUUUUGAUGAAGGACACCAAUACAAGCCAACAGCAUCAUGGCCUAGCACUCAUGAAGCCAACCUACAUUUGGAUCUGAAGGAAGAUGAUGACAAAUUUAAAUACCAAAAAGAUUCAGAUGGGCUUUAUAGUUCUGACCAAAAUUCUAGGAAAAAAUCAGGCAAAACAAAGGAAGAUCAAGCUAUUCAUUCACACUAUGAAAAGAGUCAGAAUAGAGUGAGUGUUGACUCUUUGCUUUCAAGACAAUCUCGCCUUGAGCGCAGAUCACCUUCAAGGGUGACUCAAGACACCUCUGAAGUAAUUACGAGGAAAUCUACGCGAAACAAUGUAUCUGAGAUGAAUGUUGAUGACCAAGGAACUAACUUCUACAAGCAAAAUGAGCGGAAAUCGAAUACUGUAGAGCAGAGGCAACCCCAUAUUGAAAAAAGGCCAGCUAAAACUAGCGAUAUACUUAACUUGAUGUUGGAAAAUAAAGACCGGACAAGAAGACGACCACAUGCAAGGGAAAGUCUUCCAGCAGAGUCCAUAGAGCAACCUAAAUCACAGACCACCUACAGCCAUAAAGAAUGGAUGUACAGCGAGAAAAAGGAAUACUCGGAAAGGGGAGUAUCCGGGCAACGUCCAAUAACCUUGCAUGAGUCAGAGUUGCGGAGAGAAAGGAGAAGUCGCAGCCAACACAGAGAGAAAUUGGUAGAACCAGAACAGGACCAAGUGAAGCAGUGUUUCUCCAGAAGCUCUACAACCAACAAAGACACAGACUCCCUUGUCGCUGAGCCUGACAGACGCUAUGGUACAUGGGGCCAGGAGCAGCAACAGGGUGAAGAUAGCUUUGUACACGAUUCUCCGUCCUUUGAGACCAUCACCAGCCGGAAGCAGCCACCACACAGCCGCCUGUCCUCCCUGUCACACACAGAGACUGAUCAGCAUGACUCAAUCACUGACGCACAUGAUGCCAGCCUGGAUCGAUCCAGCAUGGAUAUGGAUUCUACAGAUGGCACAGAGAGCACACCUUCUUUUCACGAGGCCAAAGCAGUUGACUUCUCUUUUAUUGAUCAAACUUCGGUUUUAGACUCCACAGCACUAAAGAACAGGGUGCAGCUAAGUCGGAAAAGUCAGCGCAGGGCUCCCAGCCAAACCCAGCGCAAAAGCAGACUCUUUCAGUCAAGUAGCCAGCUUGCAGUGAUAGAGGACUCCGACAGUGCCUGGAUGUACACAGAUUCAACAGAAGACAAACACGAGAAGAAAGAAGAGAGCGAUGAGGAGGAAAAGCCCCAAAGGAUCUCUGUUCAAUCACAAAGGAUGCCAAUGUUCCCAGGCAUGGAUCCCUCUGUCUUAAUGGCACAGCUCCGGAAAAGGCAAGAACCAGAAAGCAGCAGUGAAACACAACCUCAGCCUUCAAAAUCGCCAAAAUCCCCCCUCCCACAAGGAACUUUGGGCAUAAAACUUUUGCCCACAUCUACAGACAAGCAAGACAGAGGGGGAGAAGAAUCUCCCCAGUGGUUAAAAGAACUGAAAUCAAAGAAGAGACAGAGUCAGUAUGAGAAUCAUACUUAACAGAUCCAGCAUUCAACUAGAAGUGGGCACAGCAGUUUUAACAUAAGCCUUAAUCCACCAUCCCUACAGACAUACUCCUGUCUGCUGUUUUGCUUGAUCUCACUUGCAAUGUGUUCGGUGCCUUCCCAUUUUCGCGGAAAAAGCUGCUUACUACUUAUACAGAUUCAAAAAAAGUUUGUAUUUUAUUGGAGAAGAGCCUUCCCAUUUUUGUGGAAAAAGCUGCUUAUUACUUAUACAGAUCUGAAAAAAGUAGAAUUUUAUUGGAGAAGAGAAAAAGUCACUUUAGAACUUUGAAGAUAUAAAAACGAUAUCUACUUGAAAUGGAACACUUUAAAAGCCAAAGGUCACAACACUGAUGACCUUUUGACGUGGAAGGACUUUGGACAGUGACCACAGACCUGUAAAUGGAAUGAAUGUGUCAUUAUGAUAUGUGUUAUGGAAGCUUGAAAGAACAGGGGGAGAAAGUGACCUUUUUUUACUUGUUUCUAAAAAAUUUCAAUUUCACAAAAUGAAUAUAUCUUUUUUUUUUUUUUUUUUUUUUUUUAAGCUUAGAAUAUUGUAAUUCACUAUUGCAAUGAUUCCCCACACCCCAUUUCCAGAGUAUAUAAAUAUAGAUAUAUAUAUAUAUAUAAAAGAACAAAAUGUUU